AUGGCGACCUUGCUGCUGCUGCGUGCCUUCCGGCCGGGCCCGGGCCCGGGCCCUGGGUGCGCCUGGGCCCCGAGCUGGACCUGCAGCCCGGCCCUGUCCGCCCGAGCCGUGAGGAGGCGGCCGUACGUGGCCCUCAGGCCUGCAGGGGGCCGUGCCGGGGCUGGAGGCGGCGCCCUACAGAGGUUGCGGUUUCGGCCACUGAGCCCUACCUUUGAUGGAAUGAGCGGAUGGUUAGGGAAAGAGCAUCUUCUCCGGGACCCAGCAGGACUCUGGCGUCUCUUAGGUGCUGUUCACUUUUUUAACACCUCACAGAGGAAGCAGAACAAGAAGGACGAUGGCAAAUCUAGGGGGAAGACUCCUGAAGAUGAAGAGGAGAGGAGGCGGAAGGAGCGGGAGGACCAGAUGUACCGUGAGCGCCUGCGCACACUGUUUGUCAUCGCUGUCGUCAUGAGCCUGCUGAAUUCGCUCAGCACCAGCGGUGGCAACAUCUCCUGGAGCGACUUUGUCAAUGAGAUGCUAGCCAAGGGCGAGGUGCAGCGCGUGCAGGUGGUCCCUGAGAGUGACGUGGUGGAAGUGUUCCUGCACCCGGGAGCUGUGGUGUUCGGGAGGCCCCGGCUGGCCUUGAUGUACCGAAUGCAGGUUGCAAACAUCGACAAGUUUGAAGAGAAGCUUCGAGCAGCUGAGGAUGAGCUGAACAUCGAGGGCAAGGACAGGAUCCCGGUCUCAUACAAGCGUACUGGGUUCUUUGGGAAUGCCCUCUAUGCCCUGGGAAUGACCGCGGUGGGCCUGGCCAUCCUGUGGUACGUGUUCCGCCUGGCUGGGAUGACGGGAAGGGAAGGCGGAUUCAGUGCUUUUAAUCAGCUGAAGAUGGCUCGGUUCACGAUUGUGGACGGGAAGGCUGGGAAAGGUGUCAGUUUCAAAGACGUGGCAGGAAUGCAUGAAGCCAAGCAGGAGGUCCGCGAGUUUGUGGAUUAUCUGAAGAGCCCAGAGCGUUUCCUGCAGCUCGGUGCCAAGGUUCCGAAGGGUGCCCUGCUUCUUGGCCCCCCAGGCUGUGGGAAGACACUGUUGGCCAAGGCGGUGGCCACCGAGGCCCAGGUGCCCUUCUUGGCGAUGGCUGGCCCGGAGUUCGUGGAGGUCAUUGGAGGCCUUGGCGCUGCCCGCGUGCGGAGCCUGUUCAAGGAAGCGCGUGCCCGAGCACCCUGCAUCGUGUACAUCGAUGAGAUCGACGCCGUGGGCAAGAAGCGCUCCACUUCUGCCUCAGGCCUCUCCAGCACUGAGGAGGAGCACACGCUCAACCAACUGCUGGUGGAGAUGGAUGGCAUGGGCACCACAGACCACGUCAUCGUCCUGGCAUCCACGAAUCGAGCCGACAUUCUGGACAAUGCUCUGAUGAGGCCAGGCCGGCUGGACCGACAUGUCUUCAUUGAUCUACCCACGCUGCAGGAGAGGCGAGAGAUUUUUGAGCAGCACCUGAAGGGUCUGAAGCUGACACAGCCCAGCAGCUUCUAUUCGCAGCGUCUGGCAGAGCUGACUCCGGGAUUCAGCGGUGGGUUCUCUGCCUACAGCCUUCUCUGGGGCUCUGGAAAUGACUCGUCUGAGUGGGGAAUCCCCGGGAGCCUUGCCAUGUGGACCAGCUGGUGGCUGUGGCCCCUGGUGGCCAUCUGUGCAGCAGACUCGUUCCGGGACCAAGCAGUGAGAAUCCUGCAGGAGAAGCCGGUCAUUGAUGGGCACAAUGACCUACCCUGGCAGCUGCUGAAAAAGUUCAACAAUCGGUUGCUGGAUGCGAGGGCUAACCUGACUGUUCUGGCUGACACGCACACCAACAUCCCCAAGCUGAAGGCUGGCUUUGUGGGGGGCCAGUUCUGGUCUGCGUACACGCCCUGCGACACCCAGAACAAAGACAGCGUCAAGAGGACCCUGGAGCAGAUGGACGUGGUCCACCGUAUGUGUCAGCUGUACCCCGAGACCUUCCUGUGCGUCACUGACAGUGCAGGCAUAGAACAGGCCUUCCAGGAGAAGAAGGUGGCCAGUCUGAUUGGUGUGGAGGGUGGGCACUCCAUUGACAGCAGCCUGGGCGUCCUGCGGGCACUUUACCAUCUGGGCAUGCGUUACCUCACACUCACCCACAGCUGCAACACGCCCUGGGCUGACAACUGGCUGGUGGACCAAGGGGACGACCAGGCCCAGAGUCAAGGGCUGUCAGCCUUUGGGCAGCGUGUGGUGAAGGAGAUGAAUCGCUUGGGUGUGAUGAUCGACUUGGCCCACGUGUCUGUGGCCACCAUGAAGGCCGCGCUGCAGCUGUCCACAGCCCCGGUCAUCUUCAGCCACUCCUCUGCCUUCAGCCUGUGUGCGCACAAACGCAAUGUGCCGGACGAUGUGCUGCAGCUGGUGAAGCAAACAAACAGCUUGGUGAUGGUGAACUUCUACAAUGACUAUGUUUCCUGCACGACCGAGGCCAGCCUGUCCCAGGUGGCGGACCACCUGGACUACAUCAAGAACGUGGCAGGAGCGGCGGCUGUGGGCUUCGGUGGGGACUAUGACGGUGUCACCAGGCUUCCUGUGGGACUGGAGGACGUGUCCAAAUACCCAGACCUGAUCGCUGAACUGCUCAGGAGGAACUGGACAGAGGCAGAGGUCAAGGGUGCCCUGGCUGAUAACCUGCUGAGGGUCUUCCGGGCAGUGGAGCAGGUGAAAAACCUGGCACAGAUCCCGGAGGAGGAGCCCAUCGCCCUGGAGCAGCUGGGCGGCUCCUGUAGGACGCAGUAUGGCUACUCAGCAGCCCCCAGCCGCCACCCAUCGAGGGCCCUGCUGGCUGCCCUCAGUCUGCCGCUGCUCAGCCUGUGCCUUCUGUGACUCACACAGCUGCCUGCUCACAAGCCCACUA